AUGCUCCGGCUGGGUGUCGCCAUAUUUUUAGGACUAUUCUUUGUAUACUGUAAUGCUGAGCAGAUAAAUCCAAAUGGUAAUGACCUGCAGAUAACCGGAAAUACGCUUUUAAUCCGGCACAAGCGAGCCUGGGACGACUACCUGGAGUUGAACUCGAUCACCAGGGGAAUGAAAAACCUGAUGCCAAAAGACCCAAAGAAGAUCAAGGCCGAGCAGGAGCACAUGCGUCAGAUUCUGAAGCGAAGGAAGGCCAGGCAAAGGCGAGAGCGCAUCUAUAGAAUCAGGGACAAUCGGGGGGACCGCAAGCUGCGUAGAAUCCGGAAGAUCCAGAAGAACAGGAAGAUCAACAAUUUCAAGAAGCGCAAGCAGCUCCGGAACCGCAGGAUAAGGAACUUGAGGAAACAAAGACAACUCCGCAACCGUCGAGCGCAGAAUAGGAGAAAAGCCCACCAGCGCCGAGCUGACGCCAAAAAGGCGCUGCUGGCCAGCACUACGCCAAAGCCGGAAGUGACUUCCUCUACUUCUGAAUUGACUACCGAAGCCACGUCUUCUACCUCCCAAUUGCCCUCAACCUCACCAGCUCAA